CCGUUACUUUAUGGUUACUUUUGUAACCAAUUUGAAUGAAGAUUUCCUGACCCGACCCGGAAACCUUUGGCCUGUCAAUAAAGAGUGAUUAUUGAACGGUGAAGAGAUUCGAAACCAGGUUGUCGUCUUCGUAUGAAAAACAAGAGGCUCUUUGCCAUCGGACUAAAUAGACGAUUAAUCGAUAUGCUUUUUGCAUAUAUUUUAUUUGAUACCUCUCUACGACAUACCGCUCUCCCUACAGUUGCAGCUGCACAUGAUUUUAAAACCCUAGCCUUAGGCAGUGGUCUAGAUAGAGAGACAGGAUUUUGACUACUGUAUGCAAACGGUACUUUUGGUAUUAGACAAACUCUAUGGAUUUAGAUGACGAGCUUUUUGCUGGUGAAUCUGGACCUGCAGUAAACCAUGGUCGUGGUAGGUUUCAACCGAGAGCGAAACUAAGACCUAGAAAGGAAACAACUCCAUCUAUUGCUUCUUCAAUACCAAGCAACACAAAGGAAAAGACCGUUACAGAAUCAUCCCCUAGCUUGAACACAACACAGCCUGUUCAGCCUGCCGAUAAUGGUGAUAGUAGAUUGACAAAACCGUCUAUCUCUGAAGUCAGAGAACCCUUGAAAACUAAUGAUGAUUCUUUAUCACGAUAUCCAAUUUUGGAUGAUAACUUGAAAUCACAAGUCGUGAAUCCAUCAUCAGAAGCUGUUGCGAGGAUAGAUGAUAUUGGUUCUGGAGAUGUUCUGCCUAUGAAAGUUGAAGCAUUAGCGAAACAGAAGGACAUGGCACAAACCUCCGGCAACUCAGACAUUGAACAAUUAGUUCAGCCAAUUGAUGUUUCAAAUAGAGAUUACAGAAUGACAGAUCCUGUUGGUUUGUCCUUGGCUGCUGUAGAAAUUGGUGGGUCUGAAGAACAAUUAAAAGGGAAUGAUGACUUUGGACAUGCCAUGCAUUCAGAGGUUGCAGGCUCUGAUGUCUUUGGAGCUUUGCACUCUUCAUUUGAAAACCCAGUGGGAGACAUGUUUGCUGGUUUGGAAUGUGUCACUAAUUAUCCUAGCCACUCUAGAAAUGGGAUGGAGAAGCCAGCUCUUAGUGAUUUGGAUAUCAUAGAUGGAGGUGAAAAUGGUGGUAUUCAGGGUCGAAAUUCUGUUAGCACUUCUGCAUCAAGGGAAUGUGAUGCUUCACAAGUUGAGAUUUGUGCUGAUUUAUUCAUGGUCCAAGAUACAGUGACCUGUAGGGAGACUUGUAUUUCUAGUAGUGAUGUAGUUAUCCCUGUUGAUGAUGGAAGAAUGAAAACAGAGGUUCGGCAACCCAGGGCCUGUUCUGACUUGGGAACUGAUUUUAUAUCUGAGGCAACAGUUGCAUCUGGAUGGCAUGCUGGGAAAAUCAAAACCAAGCCCAAGUUACGAGCUGAGAAGGAGAAAUCUAGUAUCAGCAUUACUUAUGCUGAUGCAGUUGAAUCAGUUAUGCAGCCACCAACUGCUGAGUUUGUUUCUUCUGAAACUCAGUACGUCUCAGAGGGCUCAUUUUCUGUCUUUCCGCCUGAUCACAUGUUUGAUUACUCAUCCAUAGACUUGGGUUAUAUCAUUCCACCUUCAGAGUCUAUAGCCUCUGAAUUCCCAAUGCAUGAAGAACUGACAAAUCUUGCAGAAACAUCUCAUGCUGACACUACUACUUUGGGGGAUGUACAAACAGAGGAUGUUUGUGGAAUGACUGAAAAUUCGGGUUCUGUUGGUAGGGAAAGAAAAGCGUCUACCACAUCAAAUUUGUCUCAGAGGUCAAAUGAGUCUUCUUUGGUUAGUGAGGAGCAUAAAGGUGACAAAUCAUCGAUGAAGCUCAGAAAGCGAGUAGCUGCUCCGCAACUGGUUGAUGAGCCUGAUGAUGAGACUCAUGACAGCUUCACUGCUGAACCUCUAAGUAGCAAUGUGGAUGAAGAUGUAGGUAAUAAUGGAUCUAGAGUGGAAAGUAAAGCUCAGAAGAAAAGAGCACCAAGAAAUUCAAAGAAACCUGUGCCUGAAAACGAAAAACCAGUUCGAAAGCGCAAGAAAUCCAAUGAAGAAUCGGAUCAGUCAACCAAAGAACCUCCCAAGAAGUUCUCUCAUUCUACUCGCCGAAACAGAAGACGUGUGAGUAAGGAAUUGCUUGACACCCCAGAGGAUGAAAUUGACCCUCGAAAGGUGCCUCUGAAGGAUCUUAUUAUAUUGGCAGAUUAUAGGGAGCGGUUAGAGAGUAAAGAGACCAAAACAUCAACAACACCCUUGACCAAUCAAAGUGCUGAAAAUCCUUUUGAUGAGGAGGAUUAUCAUAAUGGAGAGGAGACCUUUGCUUCAGAACAAGGCAGUGGCUAUACUGGUGAUCAAGCAACUCGUAGGGUUCAGUCAAGCCACUUCAACUAUCAGUCUUUCAUGAAGAAAACACCGACUGUAAGAUGGUCAAAACAAGACACAGAUUUGUUUUACGAGGCUGUUCGGCAGUUUGGUACUGAUCUGUCGAUGAUACUACAACUUUUCCCUGGAAGAACACGUCAGCAAAUCAAGUUAAAGUAUAAGAAGGAAGAGCGUAAACAACCGUUGAAGCUUAAUGAAGCUCUCACCAAUCGUUCCAAAGAUCAUUCUCAUUAUGAAAAGGUGAUUGAGCAGCUUCAGCAAGUUGCUGCACAGACACGGCAGGACACUAAUGGAGAUGACCCAACUGACAUAACAGGCGAAGAGGAUUCCAUAUUGGAAGGGAAAAUGGUGGGCAUGUGGGUUAUAAUGGACUUGAGCACCCGCCCUUGGCAAGCAGGUUUUCCAAGGAGAAUUCAACCCAAGCUUACAAAAGGCCCACUAUCCAACCGAAUUGCUUGAGUUGUUAGAUCGGUAUCUAUCAAAUGGUAUUAGAGCUAAACCCCACCUGAGCCGAUGUUCUGGAAGGGGUGACUUGGGAAAGGGCUACCUAGGAAGGGGUGACCUCUGAGAGUAGGCCACUCAGAGUAAAGCAAUCUAGAGUGGGCCAACGAUGUUUCGGAAGGGCCGACCUGGGAGAGUAGGCCACCUAGAAUGAAGCCGUCCAAAGUGGGCCAACGUUGACGUUGAGUCUCGAAGCGUGGGGGAAUAUUAGGAUCCUACAUUGGAAGGGAAAAUGGUGGGCAUGUGGAUUAUAAAGGGCUUAAGCAUCCUCUCUUGGCAAGCCGGUUUUCUAAGUAGAGUUCUACCUAAGUCCACAAAAGGUCCACUGCCAAGCCAAAUCGCUUGAGUUGUUAGAUGGGUAUCUAUCACUCAACCGUUGAGAACCCUAAAAGUUGAGAAGAACUUCAGAUUAGUCAAUUCAAAAUCCAUUUAAUCGUAAUAUGGGCCAACCUAAUGGUAGUAAAAAUUUGCAGGCUGAUUUUCAUACUUUUGUUUAUGGCAUUCAUUUGUGGUUAUUGCACGUUGUCCUUAAUGAUUGUUCUGGUGAACUCAUUAUAGAUGCAUUCCCUAAAUAUAUAGUCAAAGCCUUCAUAACUGUCUCACUGAAGUCAUUUUAUUGUCUGUUGAUGGAUAUGUGUGGUAGUAAAGCAAA